AUGAAGACUGGAAAUUUUUUUUUCCUCCUGUGUGUGCUCUUUGGAAUAAUUUUCUCAGGAGGAUUUUCCUCCUCAAACGAUUUAACUCAGAUCGAUGACAACAAAAAAUUCACAGUAACAACUAAGGCGUUGAAGGAAUUGAUGCAGACUUCUAGAGAUUUGUUCACAUUGUGUGCUACAUUUUCAAUCUGUCCUGAUGUUAAAUUUCUAUCUAAAUUUAAAAAAACCAUCAUCGAGAAAAAAGAAACAACGAAUAGCUUAACACCAAAAGAAACUGCUCUAAGAAAUUGCUCUAAAAAAGAGGACUGCCAGCACGGAUAUGCUACGUGUAUUGAUAAUGUCAAUGCUCUGAACGUUUGGACAAAAAAUGCUAUGCCGAGAUUGAUGAGUUUUGUGUCGACUCAUCUGAUUGCGUUGGUACUCGCUUCAGUCUGUUGGGGUCCAGAAAAGAGCCGAGAAUUUCCGGAAAUAUACUGCGUGGUACAUCCUAAACGUUGUAUAUUUAGUCAUUAUUUGGCCAAUGAUCAAGAACCAAAAGCCGAACGUAGAUAUUUACAGGACAAUCCAAAGUUUACGUGGAAAAACAGUAGUACUGCCGAUUUAAGCAAAGCUGUACAUGCUGGAGACUUUACUUCUAUACUAGUAUUCUGUCAGACUGUGGACCAAUUUUCAUUCGUUGGAACAGCAAUGGCCGAUUUUACAUAUUGUAGCUACGAAGACGACAGUGGAAGGUUAUUUUUGACCCAAACAUUUAAUAUCUUAGUGCAUGAGGACUAA